AUGCUGAAGAAGAAGGUUGACGAAAAUUGUAGCCGUUCUAAUGAACCAAUUCCUCCAUUAGGUCAAGAACAUCAAUUUGAAACUCCUCAACCGUCAAAAUCAAGCAUAAUGACUUAUUUGAGAUACCAAUCGUACCUGCAUAAUUUGAAGAACUUACGGUUGGACCACGCAAGAUGCAUUAAAUUGCUCAAGCGUCAAAGGGGUAAACAUUGGCCAUUAAGUCAAGAAUGUGCUUUGGUUCGCAAUCUAGUGGCUAGUACAGGACUAAGGCCUGGAAUUCUUCACCUUCAAUGGGAGUAUGAUAGUGUUGUGGUCUCUUCCUUCAGGGAACGAUAUUGGCUUGAAACCGAUACGUUUCAUCUUCUAUUUGGAGAGACGACAAUAACACCGGACGAUGAGAAGCAAAUUACUGACCUUGAAUUUGAAGGACAAUCUGUGUUUGAAGGUUUCGACAACAACAUGUCUUGGACUGACCUUUAUAUCCUUGUUCAAGAAAUACUUGGGUGGGAGAAAGAUGAAACUGAGAUGGAGUUUCAGUUGGAUGGUGGUUAUGACCCUGCUGAACCACAUAAACCAAAAAUCAUCAAAAAGCUAUUGUUGAAGAAUCUGAGGACCAAGUUUGAAGGAACAGCCACAAAGGAAAGGGAAGGUCAGGUGAUGGAUGAAACAACAGUUAGGCGUACAACCACAACGUAUUUGUUGUAUUAUCUUGGGACCGUAUUCUUUCCCGAUAACUCGGGAAAUAGGGUCAAUGUUCAUUACCUACAACUGCUGAAGAAUUUGGACAACAUCAAAAACUAUUCGUGGGCCACUGCAACCCUUGCAUAUUUACUUGACAGCCUAAGAAAGGCCUCUAGGGUUGGAGCUACUGAAAUUGCCGGGAAUGUUGCGCUUCUAAUGGCAUGGGUUUAUGACCACUUUCCGAGCCUGAGACCUCCUACUGAGUGGGAAGAACAUGAUUAUGGCCCUACGGGAAAGAAGUUCAAGUUCACUGGCAGACAACUAACGAACAAAGAGGACAAGCUCAUUCAAAUGAGGGAGAAAAUAGAUUCUUUCACUGUUGAAGAUGUUAUCUUUGACCCUUAUUUGAGGAUUGAAAAUGGAGUUGAUGUUCGUAGGUUCACAGAGACCACAGGUUACGUUAUGACCAAUCCUCGUCGAACUCUACGCCAAAUUACUCAUAUUCAACAAAGGGUUGUAGAGGAAAACUUCAAAUUAUCCAAGCAAGGGUCCGAGACAAAAGUCCCCACCAUUGUGCUCAACUACAGGCCAACUUCAAAUCAUCAACCUUCAUCUAGAAGUGAAGAGACAAAUGAUGAAGAGGUGGUGCACGGUGUGGGUACUAGCCAAAGAGGUGGUCGCGGUAGUCACGGUGGUCGUCGUGAUGGUCCUAAAACUCGUGGUGGUGGUAGCACCAACAAAAGGGUCGUGGUGGCCGCCAUGCUUAGUUAUGGAUUUAUGUUAGUUGUGUGUGGUUAG